AUGGGCCAAAUGCAAACUCCUACCGCUUCCAGCGGCUCUGAACACACAUUCCGAGCAUGGCUGACGGUAAUGGGAGCCUUCUUCACUUUCUUUUGCAGUGUUGGAUUCAUCAAUGCCUUUGGUGUUUUCCAGGACUACUAUGAAUCACAUCAACUGAGGAACUACUCUAGCUUCGACAUCUCAUGGAUCGGUUCCUUCUCUACUUUUGCGCUCUUUGCUGGUGCUCCUAUCGCUGGCAUUUUGGUUGAUCGUGUUGGACCGACGGUACUUCUCAUAUUCGGCGGCCUGGCCAUGCUUGUGGCCGUCUUCAUGACUUCACUUUGUCAUCAGUAUUAUCAAUUCUUUCUUGCGCAAGCCGUGCUUCUGGGCGCCAUGGGAGGAUCGUCCACCGGGGGCGUGAUCUGGCCGAUUGUGCUAAAUGAGCUCCUCAAUAAGGAUGGCGUGAGUUUUGGCUGGACGAUUCGCAUCGUCGGGUUCAUCAUGCUCCCACUCCUCGUUCUCGCAGUCUUGACCGUCAACCCACCAGCGAAGAAAUCCAGCGAGGAUCACCAUCAUCGUAUGUUGACCGAGGAAGAGGAAAGGAAUCAGACAGACGAGGGAUAUGAAAGUCAGGAGGUCCUCCAAGGGGAAGUCAAGGCACACAAACGGGGUCUCGUUUCGCUUCUGAAAGACACCACCUUCCUGGUGCUCUGCUCUGGGCUUUCCAUUUCCUACCUGGGCAUGUUCAGUCCAUUCUUCUACGCAACCUCCUACGCGCGGAGCUUGGGCCAUUCCACCAGUUUCGCUUUUUACUUAGUUUCUAUUGUCAAUGCUGCAUCCCUCUUUGGCAGAAUCCUGCCGGGGAUUCUGGCAGAUCGCUAUGGGCAUUUCAAUCUCUGUGGUACGGCAGCUCUGCUGUCUGGAGCUAUUGCGCUUUGCUGGACUGCAGCAAAGAGCUCCGCGGGGCUUGUUGUAUGGUGUCUAGCAUAUGGACUUACGUCCGGUGUACGCAUCCCCUCCCCCCUCAACCAAAACUACAAAGCUGUGAAUUUUGCUAAUCCUAACUCGCAGGCUAUUAUGAGUCUGCAGUCCGCUUGUGCAGCUCACCUGGCACCCCACGAGCUCCACGGCACAGCAGUAGGAUUUCUCAUGGGAUCAGUUGCUUUGACAGCUUUGUUCGGUACCCCCAUUAGUGGCGAGCUGGUCGGAUCUUACGGAUAUCUUGCCUUGUCAAUGUAUGCCGGGGCGACCCUCGUUGUGGGUGGCCUUCUCAUCUUUGUGGCUCGGUUCAAAUUGGAGAGGAGAGUAUUUGCACGGCAAUGA